GCGGCCCGGCGCUCCCCAGGCUCCGUGCCGGCCGGAAGACGCUGCUAGCGGCCGCCGCGGGCGUGGUGAUGCUGUUGGUGCUGGUGGUGCUCAUCCCCGUGCUGGUGAGCUCGGGAGGCCCGGAUGGCCACUAUGAGAUGCUGGGCACCUGCCGCAUGGUGUGCGACCCCUACCCCGCGCGGGGCCCCGGCGCCGGCGCGCGGCCCGACGGCGGCGACGCCCUGAGCGAGCAGAGCGGCGCGCCCCCGCCCUCCACGCUGGUGCAGGGCCCCCAGGGGAAGCCGGGACGCACAGGCAAGCCAGGCCCUCCUGGGCCCCCCGGGGACCCAGGUCCUCCGGGGCCUGUGGGGCCACCCGGGGAGAAGGGUGAGCCCGGCAAGACCGGCCCUCCCGGGCUGCCGGGCGCGGGGGGCAGCGGCGCCAUCAGCACGGCCACCUACACCACGGUGCCGCGCGUGGCCUUCUACGCCGGCCUCAAGAACCCUCACGAGGGUUACGAGGUGCUCAAGUUCGACGACGUGGUCACCAACCUCGGCAACAACUACGACGCGACCAGUGGCAAGUUUACGUGCAAUAUUCCCGGCACCUACUUUUUCACCUACCACGUCCUCAUGCGCGGCGGCGAUGGCACCAGUAUGUGGGCGGACCUCUGCAAGAACGGCCAGGUGCGGGCCAGCGCCAUCGCCCAGGACGCAGAUCAGAACUACGACUACGCCAGCAACAGCGUGAUCCUGCACUUGGACGCGGGGGACGAGGUCUUCAUCAAACUGGACGGGGGCAAAGCGCACGGCGGCAACAGCAACAAGUACAGCACCUUCUCCGGUUUCAUCAUCUACUCCGAUUGAGCUCCUCCAUCCCCUAUCCCCCCGGGGAUCCCCCUCCGGGUGGGGUAAAGGAUGACCCGUCCUCGCCCACCCCCUCGCAGCCCUCCCGGCUCUGACGCCCCUGGCCCGUCCCCAACACCUUCCGGGCCGCAGCUAGCCCUCCCGCCGGCUCACCGCACAGCCGGGUCCAGCGCGCCCUUGUCCUGGUUCCCCGGGAGGCGGUGUUGACCGUCCCCGCCCCGGCCCGCGCUGUAUAUUUGUACAGUAGGAUUGUUUAUUGCCCACCCUACCCACCAGCCCGCCCCAGCAGGGGUGGGAGAGAGGCCUCGGCGGGUUCCUCCCUGUGAUGCGGAUGCUGCCCACCUGCUCUGGGGAUGCGCCGCCUGGGGGAGGGGUUGGUUGGGGGCUGGAUGGCUUCCCAGCUACAGCCCUUGGCCGGCUGCUGCCCGUCUGACCAAAGCUAUAAUAAAACACUUCCACCCCGCUGGCUUUCUGACUGUGCCCUGGAGAGGAGUUGCAGGAGGGGACUAUGAACCCUGCACUCCUCCAGACGGGGAAUGAGUCUACUGGAAGUUUCCCGUGGAUCUGGGAAAAGCCAGAGUCAGAGGUGCUCCAGGAAGAGGUGGGCCAAGGGGCCCAAAGCCCACCAUGGCCCAAGAGGGUCCGGGCAAAUGGAAUAAGAGGCAUAGGAGAUAGCCUAGUUACAUCAUCAUUUUCCCGGGUGGAAAAGCUCCAUCUCUUUGACCUUGAAAGUCUAUCAGCAUUGCACAGGCACAGCCAGGUUUAAAUUGGGAGACCUGGGUUCUGGCCCCAGUGCUAUCCUGUAGGAUGCUGGCUAAGUCACUCUCUUCUGACUCAGUUCUGGGUUAGUGAUAGCAAUGAAAGAAACAAGCUUAGUAUUAAAUGCUGGUUGACCUUGGCCCAAGCACUUCACCCCUGGGCCUCAGUUUUCUCAUUAUAAUGAGAACUAUCUCACUUGAUUGUGGGUUAAAGAGGUAUCAUGUAUGUGCUCA